GAAUGUUUCGAUUCCUGGCACCUUGUCUGCACCUCCCAAGUGCUGGAAUUACAGGCAUGAGCCACUAGGCUUAUAAAUUUCUUUAAUGCUCUGUAUGUAGAACUAUAUUGCUAGGUAGAUACUCUUGGGUCCCUUUAAGGAAUGUUGGCUUGCAGUUCCAAUUCAGAACCCCCAGAACAAGGGAUCAGUCUGCUUCAGUGGCCUGGAGGCAUUACUCUGUUGGACAUGGACCUUGAGGGGCCAAGAGGGCCAAGAAGAGGGCAAGUCCCUGUGGGAACACCCAUUUCUAAACCGUCUCAGGAAAAUGAACCGUGGAAGAAAGAAACCUUGGAGGAUGAAUUCUCGGGUGUGAGGCUGCAGAAAUUGGAACAACAGCAACAGCUACUCGAGAAGAAGCAGCGCAGGAAGCGCCAGGAGCCCCUCAUGGUUCAGGCCAAUCCUGAUGCUUCCCUGAGGCACCGGCGACCAAGGCGCGGGGAUGAUCGCUUCCAGUGUGACAGCGGCUGGGGAUUCGGUGCUGGGAGUCCUUUCCUCCAGGAGAAUGUACCACAGGCGCAUCUGCCCUCCAGGCCGCCCGGUGCCCUGCUCUCCAUGAGCUAUGUCAGAGAUGGUGGUGGCCAGCGGGCCCCCCUUCUGCCACCCAGAGGAGCAGUGUACACUCAGGGUGAUGGCGCUGGGGUCCACCAUCUUUGCUACCUCCCAGACAGCUCAGAUUCAGAUGUGGAGGAAGUGACCAUGGAGGACAUCCCGAUCAUCCCCCCGCCUCCCAAGACACAUCUGGCAACCCGGUGCAGGGGCUGGUUAGCCUCCCCAGAACCUGGGAUCAGCGAAGAGGAAGAGGUUGAAUCCAAGGAUGCUGCCUUUGAACCCAAGGCACCCAGUCCUGCCCCGGCCUCGACAGUGAGCUCUGGUAGGGUUCAGGGACACUUGGCAUCCUGUGAGGAGGAAGAAAACACAGCACAAAAGGAUAUAGAAACAAGGAGACCAGCCUCUGGCCUCGGGGAUGAAGACCUGGAGAAGAAAGAGGCCUCAGAGUCUGCAGGGACGGACAGCGCCCCAGUGCCGUCCAAGGUCUUGCAGGACAAUAAGGACCCAAGCAACCAGAAUCCUUGUAACUGGACCCGCCCCGCGGCCCGGCCCCCGGGCCCUCGGCUGGGGGAGGACGUGGAGGCCUAUGUGCUGCUCCCCGCGGCCCGGGACCACGUGGUGCAGUGCCGCAUCAUCCGGAACAAGCAUGGCAUGGACAAGGGCUUCUUCCCGUCCUACUACCUCUACCAGGAGGCCGAGGACGGUGUGGCGCAUUUCCUUCUGGCUGGGCGGAAAAGGAAAAUAUGCAAAACCUCAAAUUAUCUCAUCUCUCUGGAUCCCAAAGAUAUGUCUCGCAACGGGAACAACUUUGUGGGCAAAGUUAGAUCCAAUAUCUUGGGCACGAAAUUUACCAUCUUUGAUAAUGGGGUGAACCCUGAGAGGAACUACUGGAUCCCAGACAGUACCCGGAUCAGAGAGAAGCUGGGAGUCGUGUGUUAUGAAAGCAAUGUCUUGGGGUUCCGGGGACCUCGGAAAAUGACUGUGAUACUUCCAGGAAUGGACAGGCGCAAGCAGAGGAUGAGAGUCCAGCCACAAAAUGAUCAGGAUUCGAUAUUGAGUCGUCUACCAAAGGGCGCAAGACAAGGGCCGCUCCUUCUGCAGAACAAGGCCCCAUCCUGGAGCGACGAGAGCGGCGGCUACGUGCUCAAUUUUCACGGUCGCGUCACUCGGGCUUCGGUCAAGAACUUCCAGAUUGUGCACCCCGAUCUACCGGACUACCUGGUGCUCCAGUUCGGCCGCGUGGCCCCAAACAUAUUCACUAUGGAUUUCCAGUAUCCUCUUUGCCCGCUCCAAGCUUUCGCCAUCUGCUUAUCCAGUUUCGAUGGGAAACUGGCGUGUAACUGAAUAAAAUUAUCAUCCCUCA